CAGUGUCGCUCAAACCCCCCGUGGUUCCGCAUAUAUUUGACACAUUCAACUACAGUAACACAUUCUCGUUCGAGUCGCGAUCUCUACCUCCAAAGGUCGCUGUUCGCCUAGCUAGGCUGCAGACAUCGGAGCCGGGCCACUCUGCGCUUUGCUGCCCCAUCUUGAGAAUUGCAAGUGAAAGAAGUCGGGACCAGGAAUUUCAGGCCAUUUCGAACAUCUGUGCGGGCAGUCAUACCUUCGACUCAAGUUGCCGCUCUCGACUGUCGCAGCUUCCAGCAAAUCACUGCGCCCAGCCAAUCUUCGACAGCCUUCGACCGCAUCCAAGUCCUUCAAACGCUCAAGUCAUUUUUGCUUUCAUCACAAAAGUCUUGGAUUACGUCUCUAACAUGGCUAAACGCACAUAUUCACAACGCGACAAGCGGCAAUCUACAUAUGGACAACAGAGCCGCCCAGACCACAGUGACAGCCGAAAGCGAUACAAGACGGACGAUUCCGACGAGUUGCGUUUACCUCCAUCCCCGCCGCCAAGCCGAGGUGAGAAGACGUCUUCAUUGCUGAAGAAGACUCUGAAAGCGUUCGGCGGGCCUAUCUCUGUACCUGAGCCGGAGAUGAUUGUCGAUUCUGCACCGCAGAGUAGCAAUCGACUGGCAGUAUUUGACAAGGUUCUUAAAGAGCGCUUUCAAGCUUCCAAACAAAAGCAACAGAACAUCUACGGUAGCCGGGAGGAUUUUGAAGAGACUAGGAAGAGCGGGAAGAAGUGGAAGCAGCCUGAUCCCAAGCCGAGGAACGGUCAUCUGCCAACGCCGCCUGCAGAGAUUCAGAGACAGGCUCAUCAAGAGCCUCGUAAAUCCCAUAUGAUGCCAACGGCUGAUUCACGCGCGGUCGGCCCCGCAACGAAGAGGCAAACAUCCUUUGUGCCAACAGAGACGUCGCGGCUCUUCGAGAAGGUCAUAAAGAAUGAGCAGCCAAAGCUGCCAUACGAACCGAAAGUCUACAAAGAUGAGAGAACCCCCGCGCCGCGUAGGACCAUCCUGGGACAUGGCUUACUGAAAAAGUCCAAGGAGGCUCAGAUGUGGUCUGCGAAUCAGAGUACAUCACAAAUCCUACAGCUCCCCAAAGAUGUUCGCAAACUCAUAUUCGAGUACGUGCUUGGCGGUAACACGAUUAACGUUGGCUUCGAAACCUACCGGGCGACUUACAAGUCCAGCGAGCUUCGUCAAGUCGUCCCCAUCUUCAGGUACCAUUGUACCGUCUUCGAUAAGCGAACAAACCCGUUCAAGCAGUCACAGCAACCAUAUGUCAACGUCUCAACCGGCUUCACUCUUCUCAACAAUGUCUGCCGACAGAUGUACUUGGAAACUGCAACUUUGCCCUUCAAGCACAAUCUGAUAUCGUUCGGUUCCCACAACAUCAUGUUCAACUUCUUGUUCAUGGAGAAACGGGUCUCAUGUGCGCAGCUCGACGCGAUUACCCAGCUCGUUCUUCCAGAUGCGCUUCCACAGCCUAACAUGCUCAUCUACCUGCGGAACUUGGAACAGGUCUUCUUGGCUGUCGACCAGGACUUUACGAGCAAGGGUUGGUUCCGUGUGGUUCGGCGGGAGGGUGAGGAGCCGAAGCUGGUGAAUAUCCGGUACGCUUCAUAUUGAAGAAAGUCAUUGUGUAUAAUCUGAGGAGAACACUAGACAGUCAUGUAGCUGCAGCAUGGACUGCCACGAUAGCAGGCGUUUCAAAAUCUAGGGUAUGAGCAUCUAGUAGCAUCGUCUAUUUUCGGGUUAAAAUCAUAUCACCUUUCAAGGUGGUGGCAUUCAGUCUGAACAACGUAGCUACCGUUGGUAGUAAGCAAUUGAUAGCUUUUCUUGAGAUAUCUCAGCUAGGUGCUUCCAGUGACUCCUUUAGGAUGCAGACUUUGGUAGUGUCAGCCACGCAUUGCCCAAGCAAGGUGGAUGGCGAC